UUCUGCCAUAAUCCAAGAGCACAAAAUUUCUAUUUGAGAAAAGAUUUUCAUCUUCUUGCACUCAAAACUUGUAACGCUCACACUCAAAACAUACGCUCACACUCAAAACAUACGCUCACACUCAAAACAUAUUCUCUUCUCUCUCAAACUUUGUUUCUGCUCUCAGAUUUAAUACUUCUUCACAGAUAUUUUCUCCUCUCUCUUGCUUCCUUCUCUUCGCACUCAAACCGAUUCGCGCUUGCGGAUUUUUUUUGCUCUCUCUCGGAUUGCAGUCAAUCGUCGCCUAGCAACCUUUCCAGCCAAUAGAACGGCAGCCUCUGAAAGGGUGCGCUUGUUUUACCCUACUGAGUGUGCCCGUAGUACUACACCGCUCAUAAGAGCAGCUGAAACUGCUGUUCACAGUACUUUUGUAGCCAAAGCUCGACUCAGCAAAGUUCAGUAUCUAUGGAUAACCCAAACGAUUCUGAAACUCUGCUGAGACGCCAAAUUCUGGAGAGAUUGCUGAGCAAAAUGCAACAUGUGCUUAGCCACCCUGACACAAAUGUGGACUAUCUUCAUUUCAUGUGCACUCAUGAACUUGUUUUAGUUGAAGCUGUGGCAGAGCAUGUUGCUAUUCCAGUGUCGAUUCUAAGUGCCAUAAGGCAACUGUGCAGUUUACUUAGACUUCAAGUGGAGACUGAAGAACCUCUACGUUGUGAGGUAGAAGUAGUGCAUGGUGCGAAAGGACGACCUAAAUUCUGCAUUCAGAAGGAAAAGCUGCAAGACCUGAUGGAGACCCAGUUGCCAAUCCCAUGUAUUGCACAGUUAUUAGGAGUAAGCGAGCAUACAAUAUUCCGACGCUUGAUGGAGUUUGGAAUUUCUGUGAGAGGCUCCUACAGCUCAAUGCCAGAUGAGGAGCUCGAUAUUGUAGUGAGGAGCAUCAAAGCUCAGAUGCCUCAUGUUGGCUACAGGCUUGUAAUGGGAAGACUUAGGUCUUUAGGUCACCGGAUACAGUGGAGCAGGGUAAAAGCAUCUAUGCACCGAGUGGAUGGCAUGGGGGCUCUUUCUCGACUAACACAGUUAGGAUGUGUUGUGAGAAGAAGUUAUUCAGUAAGAGCACCACUUUCACUUGUUCAUGUGGACACAAACCACAAACUCAUAAGGUUCAACAUUGUCAUUUUUGGGGGCAUUGAUGGCUUUUCCAGAAAGGUUAUGUACCUAGAAGCUGCCAACAACAACAAGGCAUCGACCGCCUUCAAUUUUUUUCUGUCUUCAUGUGAGAAAAAUGGUUUGCCUUCCAGGGUCAGAGGUGAUCAAGGUGUGGAGAACCUAGAUAUUGCACAGUUCAUGUUUACUGUGCAAGGAACUGAUAGAGGAAGUUUCAUCUCUGGUAAGAGUGUCCACAAUCAGAGGUAAAUAUUCAGAUCUACCAUAAGUAUGUUUUGUUUCUUUACAUACAAAUUGUGUAAAAAAAUCUGUUAGGAUAUCAACGAGGUCAA